CCGCUGUAAAGAAGAAAACCGUUAGAUCAUCCGCUAUUGCGGUCUUUUGUGCUUUAUGGCUUUAUUUUCCAAAUUUGGAAAAGUAACGUUUAACGCACUUCUUCUUUAGUUGGUUUAACAUCAUAGUGUAAAUUAUUUAGUCAGCCACAGUGGCUAUACAAAUCUUUCUGUUGUUAUUUAGUAGGGUUAACAAUCGUCGUCUUCAUUCGGUAGGGUGUGGUUCAGAAACAAACAAACUACGAAUAUUAAAAACAAACGAAGUUAGGCUUCGUGGAAAUCUGCAACAGUAUGAAGCUCACCUUCAAAUUCUUUCAGAUUGUUCUACUAAUAUACGGAGUGUGUGUUGCUGAAGCAGAUGAAGUGAAGACAGUGUCAGUGAUGGAGGGAGAAUCUGUCACUCUAAACUCUGGUGUUACUGAAACACAGGGAAUAAUUCUGAUACAGUGGAGGUUUGGAGAGUCAGGUUCCACUAUCGCUCAAAUGGAUAGAAAGGAGAUCUCAUAUCCCAGUCCCAGUCACAUUGACAUAUUUACAGGGAAACUGCAGCUGGAUCAGACUGGAUCUCUGACCAUCAAGAACAUGAGAACCAAACACUCUGGACUUUAUCAACUAGAGAGCGACCUCAACUCUGGGUCCUCACGUAUGAUAUUCAAUGUUACUGUCUCUGAGUCUCCAUCUGUUGUUGAUGUUGGUGAAGCUGAAAUGAAGAGUGUGUCAGUGUUGGAGGGAAACUCUGUCACUCUUCAGACUGAUGUUACUGAAACACACGGAGAUGAGCUGAUAGUGUGGAGGUUUGGAGAUGAAGGAAAACUCAUAGCUAAAUAUGAUGUAGUCAAGAGCUCACAAUUACUCGACACUGAUGAGAGAUUCAGAGACAGACUGCAGCUGGAUCAUCAGACGGGAUCUCUGACCAUCACAAACACCAGAAACACAGACUCUGGAGAAUAUACAUUGAAGAUCAACAGCAACAAACAGACGUUUUACAAGAGAUUCAUUGUUACUGUCAGUGAUCCAGGUCUGUCUUCAGGAGCUGUAGCAGGAAUAGUUAUUGUUGUUCUGCUGUUGUUCGCUGCUGCUGCUGUUGGUGUGAUUUACUAUCAGCGAAAGAUCUCUGAACUAGAAAGACAAAAGGAGAGGAAGAUAUUAGUGAAAGAGGGAAAGAAUCUGAUCAUAAACCCUGAAACUGAAAUACAGAAAGAUGAUCAGAUACAGUGGAGGUUUAGAGACAUUCUCAUCGCUGAAAUCAGAGGAGGGACUCUGAAAACACAUGAUGAUGCUGAUGAUGAUGGGAGAUUCAGAGGCAGACUGAAGCUGGAUGAGAAGACUGGAUCUCUGAUCAUCACAGACAUCACAACUGAACACACUGGAAAAUAUAAACUACAGAUCAUCAGCAGCAGAGGAAACACAAACAAGAGAUUUGUUGUUUAUGUCUUUGAGAGGAACAUAUCAGUGGAAGAGGGAAAGAAUCUGAUCAUAAACCCUAAAACUGAAAUACAGAAAGAUGAUCUGAUACUGUGGAGGUUUGGAUAUCAAGACAUUCUCAUCGCUGAAAUCAGAGGAGGGACUCUAAAAACACAUGAUGAUGCUGCUGAUGGGAGAUUCAGAGGCAGACUGAAGCUGGAUGAGAAGACUGGAUCUCUGAUCAUCACAGACAUCACAACUGAACACACUGGAAAAUAUAAACUACAGAUCAUCAGCAGCGGAGAAAACACAAACAAGAGAUUUAUUGUUUCUGUCUCUGAGAGGAAGAUAUCAGUGGAAGAGGGAAAGAAUCUGAUCAUAAACCCUGAAACUGAAAUACAGAAAGAUGAUCAGAUACAGUGGAGGUUUGGAUAUCAAGACAUUCUCAUCGCUGAAAUCAGAGGAGGGACUCUAAAAACACAUGAUGAUGCUGAUGAUGGGAGAUUCAGAGGCAGACUGAAGCUGGAUGAGAAGACUGGAUCUCUGAUCAUCACAGACAUCACAACUGAACACACUGGAAAAUAUAAACUACAGAUCAUCAGCAGCAGAGAAAACACAAACAAGACAUUUGUUGUUUCUGUCUCUGAGAGGAAUAUAUCAGUGGAAGAGGGAAAGAAUCUGAUCAUAAACCCUGAAACUGAAAUACAGAAAGAUGAUCUGAUACAGUUGAGGUUUGGAUAUCAAGACAUUCUCAUCGCUGAAAUCAGAGGAGGGACUCUAAAAACACAUGAUGAUGAUGAUGAUGGGAGAUUCAGAGGCAGACUGAAGCUGGAUGAGAAGACUGGAUCUCUGAUCAUCACAGACAUGACAACUGAACACACUGGAAAAUAUAAACUACAGAUCAUCAGCAGCAGAGAAACCACAAACAAGAGAUUUGUUGUUUUUGUCUUUGCGAGGUACAUAUCAGUGGAAGAGGGAAAGAAUCUGAUCAUAAACCCUGAAACUGAAAUACAGAAAGAUGAUCAGAUACAGUGGAGGUUUGGAGAUCAAGACAUUCUCAUCGCUGAAAUCAGUGGAGGGACUCUAAAAACACAUGAUGAUGCUGCUUAUGGGAGAUUCAGAGACAGACUGAAGCUGGAUGAGAAGACUGGAUCUCUGACCAUCACAGACAUCACAACUAAACACACUGGAGAUUAUAAACUACAGAUCAUCAGCAGCAGAGAAAUCACAAGCAAGAGAUUUUUUGUUUCUGUCUCUGAGAGGGUGAUAUCAGUGGAAGAGGGAAAGAAUCUGAUCAUAAACCCUGAAACUGAAAUACAGAAAGAUGAUCUGAUACUGUGGAGGUUUAGAGACAUUCUCAUCGCUGAAAUCAGAGGAGGGACUCUAAAAACACAUGAUGAUGCUGAUGGGAGAUUCAGAGGCAGACUGAAGCUGGAUGAGAAGACUGGAUCUCUGAUCAUCACAGACAUGACAACUAAACACACUGGAGAUUAUAAACUACAGAUCAUCAGCAGCAGAGGAAACACAAACAAGAGAUUUUAUGUUUCUGUCUUUGAGAGGAUCAUAUCAGUGGAAGAGGGAAAGAAUCUAAACAUAAACCCUGAAACUGAAAUACAGAAAGAUGAUCUGAUACUGUGGAGGUUUGGAGACAUUCUCAUCGCUGAAAUCAGAGGAGGGACUCUAAAAACACAUGAUGAUGAUGCUGCUGGUGGGAGAUUCAGAGGCAGACUGAAGCUGGAUGAGAAGACUGGAUCUCUGACCAUCACACACAUGAUAACUGAACUCACUGGAAAAUAUAAACUACAGAUCAUCAGCAGCAGAGGAAUCACAAACAAGAGAUUUUAUGUUUUUGUCUCUGAGAACAUAUCAGUGAAAGAGGGAAAGAAUCUGAUCAUAAACCCUGGAACUGAAAUACAGAAAGAUGAUCUGAUACUGUGGAGGUUUGGAGACAUUCUCAUCGCUGAAAUCAGAGGAGGGACUCUAAAAACACAUGAUGAUGCUGAUGAUGGGAUAUUCAGAGGCAGACUGAAGCUGGAUAAGAAGACUGGGUCUCUGAUCAUCACAGACAUGAUAACUAAACACACUGGAAAAUAUAAACUACAGAUCAUCAGCAGCAGAGAAACCACAAGCAAGAUAUUUAUUGUUUCUGUCUCUGGAUUACAUGAAACCUUUCCGGCAGGUGAAGCAGGAUUACUUGAAACCUUUCCGGCAGGUGAAGCAGGAGAAGAUAACUUCUAUUCGGAAGCAGAAUAUGAUUCUGAUUAUUCUCCACUGAAUCAGCCGAGAUCAGGAGAAGAUAACCACUCUUCGGAUUCAGGAGAAGAUAACCACUCUUCGGAACCAGGAGAAGAUAACCACUCUUCGGAUUCAGUGAACAUAUCAGUGGAAGAGGGAAAGAAUCGGAUCCUAAACCCUGAAACUGAAAUACAGAAAGAUGAUCUGAUACUGUGGAGGUUUAGAGACAUUCUCAUCGCUGAAAUCAGAGGAGGGACUCUAAAAACACAUGAUGAUGCUGAUGAUGGUAGGAGAUUCAGAGACAGACUGAAGCUGGAUGAGAAGACUGGAUCUCUGACCAUCACAGACAUGACAACUGAACUCACUGGAGAAUAUAAACUACAGAUCAUCAGCAGCAGAAGAAACAUAAGCAAGAGAUUUGUUGUUUCUGUCUCUGAGAGGAAGAUAUCAGUGGAAGAGGGAAAGAAUCUGAUCAUAAACCCUGAAACUGAAAUACAGAAAGAUGAUCUGAUACUGUGGAGGUUUAGAUAUGAAGACAUUCUCAUCGCUGAAAUCAGAGGAGGGACUCUAAAAACACAUGAUGAUGCUGCUGAUGGGAGAUUCAGAGGCAGACUGAAGCUGGAUGAGAAGACUGGAUCUCUGAUCAUCACAGACAUGAUAACUGAACUCACUGGAGAUUAUAAACUACAGAUCAUCAGCAGCAGAGGAGACACAAACAAGAGAUUUUAUGUUUCUGUCUUUGAGAGGGAGAUAUCAGUGGAAGAGGGAAAGAAUCUGAUCAUAAACCCUGAAACUGAAAUACAGAAAGAUGAUCAGAUACAGUUGAGGUUUGGAUAUAAAGACAUUCUCAUCGCUGAAAUCAGAGGAGGGACUCUAAAAACACAUGAUGAUGCUGCUGAUGGGGGAUUCAGAGGCAGACUGAAGCUGGAUGAGAAGACUGGAUCUCUGACCAUCACAGACAUGAUAACUGAACUCACUGGAAAUUAUAAACUACAGAUCAUCAGCAGCAGAGGAAACACAAACAAGAGAUUUUAUGUUUCUGUCUCUGAGAGGAUCAUAUCAGUGGAAGAGGGAACGAAUCUGAUCAUAAACCCUGAAACUGAAAUACAGAAAGAUGAUCAGAUACAGUGGAGGUUUAGAGGCAUUCUCAUCGCUGAAAUCAGAGGAGGGACUCUAAAAACACAUGAUGAUGCUGAUGAUGGGGGAUUCAGAGGCAGACUGAAGCUGGAUGAGAAGACUGGAUCUCCGAUCAUCACAGACAUGAUAACUGAACUCACUGGAAAAUAUAAACUACAGAUCAUCAGCAGCAGAGGAAACACAAACAAGAGAUUUUUUGUUUCUGUCUUUGAGAGGGAGAUAUCAGUGGAAGAGGGAAAGAAUCUGAUCAUAAACCCUGAAACUGAAAUACGGAAAGAUGAUCUGAUACAGUUGAGGUUUAGAGACAUUCUCAUCGCUGAAAUCAGAGGAGGGACUCUAAAAACACCUGAUGAUGCUGAUGGGAGAUUCAGAGGCAGACUGAAGCUGGAUGAGAAGACUGGAUCUCUGAUCAUCACACACAUGAUAACUGAACUCACUGGAAAAUAUAAACUACAGAUCAUCAGCAGCAGAGGAAACACAAACAAGAGAUUUUAUGUUUCUGUCUCUGAGAGGAUGAUAUCAGUGAGGGAGGGAAAGAAUCUGAUCAUAAACCCUGAAACUGAAAUACAGAAAGAUGAUCUGAUACUGUGGAGGUUUGGAUAUAAAGACAUUCUCAUCGCUGAAAUCAGAGGAGGGACUCUAAAAACACAUGAUGAUGCUGAUGAUGGGAGAUUCAGAGGCAGACUGAAGCUGGAUGAGAAGACUGGAUCUCUGACCAUCACAGACAUCACAACUGAACACACUGGAAAAUAUAAACUACAGAUCAUCAGCAGCGGAGAAAUCACAAACAAGAGAUUUGUUGUUUCUGUCUCUGAUCCCUCAGGAAACCGAGUGAAUGAUACGACUAUAGAGAUGCCGCCGGUGAAUGAAGAAGAUCUGGAUGAGGAGAAUGAACAGGAGGGGAUGAGAUUACUCGAGGUGAGAUAAGACACGCCAUCAUCAUCAACAUUUCAGCUCCAGCUACAACAACAAAACACAUUUCUGCUUAUAUGAGCCUUAAAGUGAGGAAUGAAGUCGUCUGUUGAGCUGUUAAACUUGUAAAAAAAAAAAAGCUUCUUUGGUUUCAGAUGAACAGGGAAAUGUGUUUAUCAAACAGUUUUAUAUAUUGUUUUUAUAAUGUUACGCUUCAUAUCUGUUACUCUAUUAACAUAAUGCUCAUCUGACUUUUACAGAUUUGAUUUUAUGUGAUUGCAAGUUUAAGUAAUUAUGCUUUUUAUAAUUGCUUUUGCCACCGCAGUAUUUCUAUAACCUGUGAAUGUGGUGUUUUAUGUAAAUAACACCGCAGUGCCAGAUUAAUGUGGAUGUUCAGCAUUGAUCACUGAGAUCACAUGACCUUUGUUACACUUUUAUUGUAAAAAAAAACAAACAAAAAAACGAAUACAACUACUUAAGUUGACUUUCUUUAAUAUUGUUUUCAUUGAAAUUUUAAGUGUGUGCCUUAUUUUGCUUUAGUAGUUAUGCUUCAAUAAGGAUCUGAUCUGAAGUAAAUCUGUUCAUCUUUCAAGCAGAUGUGAAUGUCAGAUUUUAAAUGUGAUCUGAAUUUAUUUGUAUUCAUGCUGAAGCACUUAAAAAUGACUCUUGUUGCACUUGUAAUAAUAACAAGAAGAAGAAGUAUUACUCUUGUUGCA